AUGCCUUCCCUGAAGACGGCCCUCGCCGUGGCUGCUUCGGCUGCUGCGGCCAUGGCCAGCAACGGCCAGGUGAACGUGUACUACGGCCAGAACGGCAACACGGAGCUGUCCGAGGUGUGUGCCACGGGUGUCGACUACGUGACACUGGCCUUUGUGGAUGUGACGCCGGAGAACGGUGGCAAGGCCGGCUACGCUGGGGACAACUUUGCCAACCACUGCUGGGCCGGAUACUACGACAACUCCGAACUGCUGAAAGACUGCCCGCCCAUCACGAGUGGUCUUGCGGCCUGCCGCAACAGUGGCACUAAGAUCCUGCUCUCUAUUGGUGGCGUCUUCGGCCUGGGUUCCAACUACACGUUGUCGUCUGAUGCCAAUGCCGAGGCCUUUGUCGACUUUCUCUGGGGCAGCUUUGGUCCCUACGAUGCCGCGUAUGCUGGCCCGCGGCCGUUUGACGUUGUUGACGGCUCCACCGUGCAGCACAAUCAUGUCGACGGCUUCGACCUAGACAUCGAGGAGCUGUUUGCCGACCAGGGCCCCUGGAACACGCUGGUGACCUCGCUGCGCUCCAAGUUCGCCACGGUCGAGGGUGACUUUCUCGUCACUGCUGCGCCGCAGUGCCCAUUUUCAGACGCCAGCUUCCAGAUGGGCGACAUCAUCAGCCAGUCCAAGUUUGAUGCCCUCUGGAUUCAGUUCUACAACAACCCCGUGUGCGACGCUGUCGGCUCCGGCUUCAACUACGACGACUGGGUCCGUCACUUGGCUAGCUCUGCCAACGCCGACACUCCGCUCUUCAUCGGUCUGCCUGGCAGCAUUGGUGCCGGCUCCGGCUACGUUGAGCCCAAGGCCUUGGCCACGCUGGUUACCGAGUACAGCAGUCACGCCAACUUUGGUGGUGUCAUGCUCUGGGACGAGUACUGGGCCCAGCUAAACACGGUCUCGGAAAGUCAGAACUACCUUGGCUACGUGCAGUCGCUCGUGUGCCCAACCCCGAAGACGACGUCGACGAGUGCCACGGCAACGAGCACGACGAGCACGUCUGCUACGAGCACUUGGACUACGACCACGUCGACGAGCAGCUCUUCAAGCACGACGGCCACCAGCACUUCGGCCAGCUCUUCGACGAGCACUUCAACCUCGUCCAGCACUUCGUCCACGAGCACUUUGACGAGCACUUCUACCAGCACAUCGUCUACGAGCACUUCGGCUACGACUUCGACCAGCACGUCUGCUACCAGCACUUCCACCUCCACCAUCAGCUCUUUCAGCACGUCGGCUAGCAGCACCUCGUCCAGCACUUCGGCUACGAGCACGCUGAGCUCGUCCACUAGCAGCUCUUCUAGCACCUUGAUCAGCACGUCGUCUGCUUCGAGCUCAGAGUCUACAUCUGCUACGUCUACCGUGAUUCCGACUACCGUGAAGACCAGCGUCUCGUCUACAGCUCCUGCUUCCUCUUUGAGCGGGUCUGAUUGCGAUUACUCGACCAAGUCUUACUACAGCUCUACGACAUCUUCUGUCGUCGCCUCGGCUAACACUACUGCCUCUUUCGCGUCUACGGAGAGCGCAUUUGCUUCAGUGUCGACGACCGCAAGCGAGACGUCGUCUGCUACCUCUGUCCUGUUCUCCGCAACUCUUUCCACUACAGCAGUCUCCACCACCGCAGUAUCCGUGGCAGUCUCUUCGAGCGAGAUCGACACUGUUUCCGAGAGCUCCGUGCCGACACAGUCUCCCUACGGCUCCAAGGCAAUCUCCUUGAGCGGCUUCCCCACCGCUUCUGCGAGCGGCAACUCGACGUACUCGAUCUCGCCGAUCCGGUCUGUUCCCGGUUCGUCUAUUUUGGCGACCAGCAUUGCUGUCUCCAGCCCGGCGCCAACUAGCACGGGCUCCAGCUCUGUCUCGAGCUCCGACUCUGGAUUCACCACCAGCACUGUGCAGACGACCGUGACGAGCACAAUUCUCUCGUGCGCCCCGACUGUGACCAACUGCCCUUACGGCAAGGUCACGACCGUCGUUGUCGACCUGUACACGACCGUCUGCCCCGUGACGGCCACUGAGGGCGAGACGACGGCUACCGGCAGUGUCGGUGUCAGUGCCUCGUCGACGACGGCGACGGCAUCGACUGCACCGACUGUCCCGGUUGCCGUGACUGCCAGCAUCAGCACCAUCUACAGCACACUGUACGAGACGAUGACAUCGUGCGCGCCGACCGUCACGAACUGCCCGGCCCGCGUGUCGAGCACAGUUGUGGCCGUGGGCACAACUGUUGUUUCUGUCACGGUGCCAUCGUCUGCAGCCAAGACCGAGUCCAUUCUGUCGGUGAGUGAUGCUAGCAACGCCGGUGUGCCCUCGUCGGCUGCUGUGGUUGUGGCUUCGUCCCCGGCUGUGGCUCCUUCGCUGGUCGUGACGUCUUCUCCGGCCGUUGCGGCUUCUGCUGCACCCGUUGUCUCCGUUGUUACAGUCUCGGUCAUUCCGGCCGUCUCGGUGCCUGUUCUGGCCCCCGUGGUGAGCAAGCCAUACGGCAACGUGACGUACCCAGUCGUUGCAGCAGCAGCUGUGACUGGCUCGCUGUCGAAGCCGUCGGUCGGCCUGACUACAGUCGUGGCCCCUGCUGCCAGCACGGCCGGUAGCGGCAGCAGUGGCAAGACAGGCAGUGUGGGCACCAGCGCCAGCAGCCCAGUUUCGACUCUGUCAGUGGUGACGGGUGCUGCCUCGUCAGUCUCCGGCUCGAUGAGCCUGGCUGUCAUUCUGACGGCAGGUUUGAUGAUGUGUAUGUAA